AUGCGUACCUCCUUCUUCCUCGCAGCAGCCCUUGCUACACUGGGCACCCAAGCGGACGACAGUAGCACCGACGUCAUCGGCUACUUCUCUCCUUCUUGGGACGGAGGCCUACUCCAGUACGGCGGUUGGACAAGCACAGCCGCCAGCCUCGUCACCUACAACAGCGCAGCCGCGACAUACCACACGCCCCCCAAGACGGACUGCAACUACCCGACACCAUGGACAAUCGUCCAAGGCCCGGAGACCGUCAGCUUCACGGGGAAAUAUAUCGCAUCCACUUCGGGCGAGUCGACCAGCUAUGAUAUCACUCUCACCCAGUCGUACGAGUGUUCCCUGAAAGCUUCGACCGAGUCGGCUAGCUGCACUAUGAGUGUUGGCAAGAGUGGAUCCUUGGCCGGAGCGAAAUAUGAAUCUUCCACUUCUAGCAAGGCGACCUAUACCACUGCGCCGAUGUCGAAUUCUUACUACCAGUUGACGGUAACUGCGGGAUUGCCGUCGAGUUCCACGGAGGUUCAGACGACGCAGUCGACUGGUGGGGCUGCUGGUCCUGCUGCUUUGAUUACGGCUGCUCCUAUGGUUGCUGCUGCUGUGGCUGUUCUACUGUGA